AUGCAAUGUAGAAAUUCCAUCGAAUUGUUAGAACAGGGCAGCACAGCAUGCAGUCACUCUACAUUAUGUGGGCGACGUAAUUCAGAAUUCAGGACCACUGCAUCGGAAUCAGACUAUUAUGACUCCGAUGACAGUCGUCAUCCCAAUAGCUUGACGGAAACACGCGACACCCUGGAAAAUACUCCCGUUAACUUGACAGAAACUCGCGAAACCCUGGAAAAUAAAACUGAUCAUCAUAUUAAUGAUCUUUUGGGCUGCGAAGAGGGGGAGGGGGCGCCCGGGCCACCGUUAAAUGAUCAGCUUAUGUCAAGGUGGUCCACAUACAUCAGUAAAGGCGUAGAAAAAGACCAGUUUAAAGAAAUGUAUCAAAAAUACCCGCUUUCCUCGAAUGGGGAAUUACUACAAGCCCCUCAAGUCAACCCAGAAGUGCUGGUAUUAUUAUCAAAUGACCAAAAAUCCACCGAUUCAUAUCUGACUAAAGCUCAAAAUUGUUUGGGAAAAGGACUAGUCGCGUUGGGACAGGUUCUUAGUGAAUCCUUGGACAAGCUUGAAAAUACCGAGAGCAAUAAAACUGUAAUAGAUGCUGCCAAGUUUUUUUCCGGAGCUAUGCAUAGUCUCACUCACAUAGAAGAUAUGUAUAAACCGUUUUUUGAUGAUCCUGUUAAAACAUACGAGUAUUACAAUUUUCUGCCUGAUGCUCGAGAUGAUUUAAAAGAUAACGAUGAUGUUGUGGUCUUGCCUCCAGACGCGCGUUAUUUGACUGACGAGGAGGAAUUGGACUAAAAGCAACUGAUGGCAAAUAGAAUGCUACAAGAUGGUUCUAGUCGUUUAUAGCUGUUUCGCCAAAGUUCAACAAAUGACGAGUUCUGAAGCAGCGACGAAGAGCAUUUGAGUGAAGUGCGAAAACGUAUACAAAUACCUAAAUAAAUCUAAACACGAUGACUUGGACUGAGAGAAAUGCAAUCCUGAAUAUUCCAUUUGGUCUGAGCCGCCACCGUUAUGUGAAAUGAAUUCCAAUAGGGAUAAACUAGUGGAAGAGAUAAAGGAACUAUUUGAACUUUUCUUUGAUGAUACGGUUUUGCGGCAUAUUGUCGAGCAGUCCAUGUUAUCUCAAAAUACUCGACACCAAAGAAGAAAUGAAAUCCUUCAUAAAUUCGGACAUUUUCCUGCGAAGCUAGAGAAGCAAUUACGAUGUACAGUAUGCCAUUCAAGGGUUCGUCAACACUACGUAUUGAACGUGCCUGCUUCAAGUUACAUCAUACAAAAUAAACGGUUUCGCCCAUUGUACUCAAAUGAGUACAGAUAUUUUUUUGGUAAAAAUAAUAAAAU